CCCAUUUACCUGUAUGUAACAUGUGCAGGAUCAAGACAAUAUCCAAAUGGGCUGGCACCCAGAACUGGUCACCAGCAUCAGACCAUUUUGCAUGCUCAAACCGCCCAUCGUACACUGUCAGAUAGCCAUGCUGGCUAUCCCUGCUGACGUGUUGCUGCAGGUACAUGAAGCCACAAACGGACUGACGCCCUUCCUAAUAGAAAACAUGUCCUUCAGUGACUGGGCAACCCUGGUUGCAGUAAUGCAAACCAGACCCCAGGAACUACCUAACAAGAUCAAGGAACUCACUACCAACAUUGCAGAGGUAUUCAGGAAGUCCGCCAUCGAAAAUAGGGAACUGAACCUCAUCGUCGCCAAAGCCAAGAAAGUCAUCCUCGACCUCCAUCGCUACGAUUCUUCGCAUCUGGACAGUGCAGGCCAGAUCUCCACAAACGAUGCUCCUGAGACUUUCACUGCUUCAUACAUCAGCAGCAUCGCGCUAACCCCCGCAGAGCUGGAGUAUUUCAAAAGACAUGAGACGAUGCGAAGAGAGUCUGCCCACAUCAACAUCUUUGCCGCUACAGGAGGAACGAGCCACAAGUUCGGAAAGAGCAGCUCCUUCCUUCCUCUUGCAUCAGGCACCUGGACGGAGAAGGCAAUACAUCGUGUUCAUAACCGCCUAUGGAAGCUGGACACCUUCAACUACACGGCUCCAAUCAGUGUCGAUGCUUACAUGGCGCUAGCUGGCCUGACUGAGGCCGACAUCGACGAUUGUUGCACCACCGCUAGAAACGCUACCAUACACUUCCUUGCCGGAAGAGUCGGCCUUGAUGCAGAUUUCCCUGCAAUCUCCAAACUGGAGAAGGGCAAGUGCGCCAAGAACCUGCUGCUGCACUAGAAGGGAAUUCCCAAGUUCCCAACAGACCUCCUGGAGCUGAAGAAGUUGUGGAACGCCGGAAGACCCUUCCUCAAGUGCCCAUGCCCAGGAUGUGAGAUAAACUUCACAUGGCUGG